AUGUCGCAACCAGAGGUCGAUCUAGAUCAGCUCUCUGAUAAUGAGAAGACUGCGCUAGAGACGUACAUGGCUGUGACUAGCCAAGAGCCCUCAGAUGCGAUUCAGCUUCUGCGUCGGUCAGAAUGGAAUGUACAGAUCGCUAUCUCUAAGUUCUUUGAUGGCGAAGGCCCGGAUCCCGUCGAAGAAGCUCGCUCUGCAAUGGAGAAUCCGCCUCCGCCCCAGCCAAAUCGCCGAACUCAGAACUUAAUGACUGACGACUUGGCUGAACACUUCUCGCGGGCUGCUCGGGCCAGAGUCUCAGACCCGGCCCCACAAGUUGAUACACAAUCAGGAGAUCAGCCUGUGUACAGGCCUCCGUUCAUUCUCAGCAUACUCUUCACUCCGUUCAAUUUGAUCUAUCGACUCCUCUGCGGUUCAUUCCGCCUAUUUGGGGUCCUCUUUCCCUUCUUGCCACGCUUGUUUAACAGGACGGCAAGCCCCGCGCUGCGAGGUGCUCGUCGGAAUACUACUGGACGUCGGUCGCUUGGCCCCCAGGACACUGCCGCUCGCUUUAUCCGCGAGUUUGAGGAAGAGUAUGACACUCACACUAUCCCGUUCUUGGAGAAUGGAUACAACAUGGCGCUUGAGAAGGCUCGCCGCGAUCUAAAGCUCCUCGUCGUCAUUCUUUUAUCCCCAGAACAUGACGAUACGAACUGUUGGGUUCGUGAAACCCUCCUGGCACCGGAGGUCUUGGAAUUUAUCAACGACCCCCAGAACAACCUACUGGUCUGGGGCGGCAAUGUGCAAGAUUCCGAAGCAUACCAGGUUGCCAACAAACUGAAAUGCACCAAAUUCCCUUUUGCAGCAGUCAUUGUCCAUACUCCGAACGUGUCGUCCACCGCAAUGUCCAUUGUAGGACGGCUUGCAGGAGUCACUACGCCAUCCGAGGUCGUGAACAAACUGCGGAGAGUCGUGGCAUCCAACAAUGGACAGCUGGAGCAGCUCCGGUCCUCACGUGCGGAGCAGCAAGCUUCACGCAGCCUGCGCGAAGAGCAAGACUCAGCUUACGAGCGGUCGCUGGCGAUUGACCGUGAACGGGCACAACAGCGUCGGGAAGCCGAGGCGGCACGUCAACGUGAAGAACAGGAGGCUGCCGGCCGGCAGGCGGCAGAGGAGCAACGGCGCCGCAAUCUCGCACAGUGGAGGCUUUGGCGCGCGCAGACCCUUAGCGCGGAACCCGGACCAGAUGUUAAGGAUGCGGUGCGGGUCAGCGUCCGGCUUCCGUCCGGCGAACGAAUCAUGCGCAAAUUUGCGCCCGAUGUGGACAUUGAGGAAAUCUACGCGGUUGUGGAAUGCUACCAGAUUUCACAAGAGCAGGGUGGAGAGAAACCUACGGUGACUGAACCCGAGGGGUAUGUGCAUCAAUAUACCUUUCGACUGGUCUCACCCAUGCCUCGCGUGGUGUAUGCGGUUGAAGAGGGUGGGUCGAUCCGAGAGAAGAUUGGACGUGGUAGUAAUCUGUUGGUGGAACCCAUUGAUGAGGACGAGGAAGAUGCAGACGAGGGCGAGGCAGUUACUGACACCUAG